UCGAACAUUUAUUGCAGAACUAAAGACAAUCGGAACAUUUCUGUGUUCAAUUUCAUUAUCUACAUAAAUACCAACCAGGUACAAGUGUUUUAAGAAAUUCACUGAGUCUCAACUCCUACCCACUCAGUAACACAACUAUACCUUCCCAGGGCAAUAUCGUCUCCUAGCAACAGCGUCGUUCGGGUACUGGCUCUGAAACAAGCAGUGGUGUGCGGUUGAACGGGAAGUAAAGGUUUGUUUUAUCGCACUAAAAGAAGACACAAUGUACGAAGAAGGAUCUGAGGGCCCUAAAGCGACGUUUGAGAUCUACAAGGCUGAGGCAGACACGCUGUACAAGCAAGGAGACUACAAGAAAGCGAUCGAAUCGUACACAAUUGCCUUGGAGAUCCAGCACAAUGACAAGACGUGUUUGGUGGCGCGCUCGAAGUGUCACCUCCAGCUCGGAGACACGAACACGGCGCUCAAAGAUGCUGAGUCAUCACUGGCAAACGACAACACGUACCACAAGGGUGUGUACCAAAAGGCAGAAGCCCUAUACUACAAGGGCGAGUUCGAAUUGGCCCUGAUGUUCUACCAUCGAGGAAACAAGUUACGCCCCGAACUCAAGGAAUUUAGACUAGGAAUACAAAAGGCACAAGAAGCCAUUGACAAUUCUAUUGGAUCUGCUGAGAAAGUAAAACUGACAACAAAGGGAGAUUUAUCCUUCUUUAGAGAGCAAGACGAGGUAAAGAAGCGGCGGCCAGUGUUCGCGACGUUUGCACCGCAGCAACAGCAGCAGAAAGCGAAGACUAAACGUUACGUCAUUUCGUCGACGUCCAGCGAGAAGACAAUCAAAGAGUUACUGGGCGAGCUGUACGGAGACCGCAAAUACCUGGAGAAACUCCUCAAAGAGACAGACAACUCGACUAACACGGGCCGGACAAUCUACGACUUGGUAGAGAGCGGAUUGCUGUACCUGGACACCCGCACAGACUUUUGGCGGCAGCAGAAACCCAUGUACGCCAGAAAGUACGAGUCCAUGCGCCAGAGGCGGAACCACAGUGGAGCUAAGGGGGCGUCACCCAACGACUACAUCAUGAAUGAGCUUGAGAAGAUAGAUGCAGCUCAAAGUAACGGCCAGUACGCUCUGAGUCUGAAGCGAGCCCAGAAGUGUCUGAAAACUGUGGACAACUACUCGAACGAGUCGGUGCCCAACAAGUUGGAGGUGGUCGCCAACCUGCACAGCUACAUCGGCAACGCCUACCUUGAACUCGGCCAGUACAAGAAGGCCCUGCAGCACCACAGCACGGACCUGGAACUGGGAGAAAAAGGUCCCAUAGAAGAUGCGAAAUCAAGAGGACUGGAUAACCUGGGUCGGGUUUACGCCAGAAUUGGAAGUUUCGACAAAGCAAUAGAAGUUUGGGAGAGGAAGCUGCCAAUGAGCAAGACGGCGCUAGAGUGCACGUGGCUGUAUCACGAGAUCGGACGCUGCCACCUUGAACUGCACCACUACGACACGGCCAAGCAGUUUGGCGAGAAAUCACUGACCGCGGCGGAGGAAGCCAAUGACACUGUUUGGCAGUUACAGGCAUCGGUACUCAUUGCUCAAUCAGAAGUGAAGCUUGGCGAUCUGCAAGCAGCCUUAGCUAGUUUCGAGAAGUCCAUGGAUUUUGCCAAAUUACAAGAGGAUGUAUCUGCCCAGAAUGCGAUAAAGAAAGCGAUGGAAGACGUUAACAACAGGAUCGUCCAGUCUCUGAAAGGUUCUGACGCCGAGCAGUCGGAUACUGACCAAACUGACAGCAAAAGUAAAGCAAAAUCAGCCACUGUGUCAGAGAAGAAACAUGAAGAUACGAACAGUAAAGACAAGUCAUCCACUAAAUCAGAAGUGAAACAGGGAGAUGUUAAAAGCAGAGAACGGUCGGCUGCAAAGUCAGAAGUGAAACCAGAAGACACAAAAAGCAGAGACAAGUCGCCGAGCAAGUCAGAAGUGAAAUCAGAAGAUGCUAAAAGUAGACAAAAAUCUGCGACCAAAACAGAAGAGGGUGGUGAAUCAUAAACGAAGCUUCCACGCGGCAGAAUCGUUGCUAAUUAUACAAACAUGAUUUUUAAAACUUAGUAUGUUAUCAUGUUGGAAAAUUCGUAUGAAAAAUAUUUUCUUGCUUUUGAAAUCAAGAAUAGCAUAGGUGGAGACAACAAAGACUUCAACAUAUUUCAACAAAUUUCUUGAAAAAUAUAUUCUAGAUAAAAUAAAAUGUUUCAAGGAAGAGAAAACGUUAUAGAUAUUAAAAAACGUUAUAGAUA